UAGUAGCUCCACACUAAAGGAGAAAAACUUCCACAUGGGGGUGCUGCGGGCCCCUUUUCAAAUUCUUCUUUGAGACCAAAGGUAUGAUGACUAGUUACUGAACUAGUCUUGAAUUUCGCAAACCUUUUCAGGAAGAGUGGUGUGAACUCCCUUUAGUGGAGAUAACUCUUUUUCUUGUCAUCUUUCCUAUUGUACUACAAAAAGACACUUCAGAAUAGUUAACUCUCUGUUUGUAUGCUGGCAGAUCGGCAAAAGCCUAAAAAGAGAAAGAGGUGGGAAACCCCAGGUGGUUAAUUAUUCACAGCAAGUCUGUCUGCUGGGUUUUGGUCACAGACCUUUGUUUCGGUCUGGACUGUUGUUGAGCUGGGUUGUUGGGGAAUUUGAACUUCCUGCAUUUCAGUUCAGGGCCUGUUGGAGGUGGUGACUGCCGCAGAUGAAAAUUCAGAUUGUCAGCAAGGAUGCUGUUUAUGAUGGUGUUGAAAUCACAGAACCUUGGGUUUGCGCCACAGUGUAGCUCAAUUUUGUCAUCUGCCAUGUCGCUUUGUCCCCGCGUGCAGUGUCUGUCUGUAGAAGUGAGACCUUCUGGGAUACUGGAAAGAAUUGCAAAAGCUGUUUGCUCUGCUAAUUUCAUGCUGUAAAUGAGUUCCCCUUCUUUUGAAACAUUAGCCCUGUGUUAGCAAAACAUAAAAUAGACGGAAGCUCAUUAUGCGCUCUUCUAAUGGAGCCGGCCCGGAUCAUUUGUUGGCAGUACAUAUUGGCUGAAGUCAGUUUUCAUUUCAAGAUGUUUUCUUCCCAUGGGCUUUUGGUGUAGGAUGUUGGAGAACCAAGAGCUGGAGGAGGUGAUCACGGUGCGUGUUCAGGACCCCCGGGUGCAGAAUGAGGGUUCCUGGAAUUCUUACGUGGACUAUAAGAUAUUCCUUCAUACGAACAGCAAGGCCUUUACUGCCAAGACCUCGUGUGUGCGGCGCCGCUACCGUGAAUUUGUGUGGCUGAGGAAGCAGCUGCAGAGGAAUGCGGGCUUGGUGCCAGUACCUGAACUUCCUGGGAAGUCCACCUUCUUUGGCAGCUCUGAUGAGUUCAUUGAGAAGCGACGGCAAGGCCUACAGCAUUUCCUAGAAAAGGUCUUGCAGAGCGUGGUCCUUCUGUCAGACAGUCAGUUGCACCUCUUCCUCCAAAGCCAGCUCUCAGUCCCUGAGAUUGAAGCCUGUGUGCAGGGCCGAGGCUCCUUGACUGUGUCCGAUGCCAUUCUCUGCUAUGCUAUGUCCAACUGUGGCUGGGCCCAGGAGGAGAAGAGGCAGAGCACCUCUCACCUGGCUAGAGGAGACCAGCGUAACAGUUGCUGCUUUCUUCCGAGAUCAGGCAGGAGGAACUCUCCUUCUCCACCCCUCAGUGAAGAGAAGGACCACUUAGAAACAUGGGCUCCGGUGAUGGACUCUGAGGGCCCAUCCUUAGAGAGUCCUAUGCUGCUGCCCAGCUCCUCACCAUCAUGCUGUGAUAUUGCAGGACCCGAUGAAGGACUCUCUGUGUCCCAGCCUGUGAGAAGGGCUGUGGGAGGGGACCAUGUUGUGCCAUUGGACCCUGGUCAGCUAGACACUGUGGGGGAGGUGAGCUGUGGUUGAGCUCUAGGUUCUCUUGGGUGGUGGAAAAGAUGCAGGCCACAGUCGCAUUCAGGUGGGGUUGGGCACAGGGCAGGUGCAGGGGAGUCGGCCUGUUUAGCACCCUCCAUCCACAUCUACUCAGGUUUGCUAUGCAGAGGUUGGUUGUGGCUGCUUAUUGUGUCUCCUCCAUGGGAAUAAACACCACACCGGUGUUUGUAAGUUAAGCACAGGGUCCAGAAGCUGUUGGUUUUAAGUAGAACUAUAUUUACUUCUGCAGGAGCUUAGUUUCUUCAGGUGCACUGCCACGGGUGAAUAGUUUGGGGAACCUCUUCAUGGCAGAUUUUUAGCUGCCAUAUUGAAUACUGUACCAACAGAAUGCUUCUAUUGUUAUAUUCUCAUCUUGGCAGGCUGCAGUUUUUGCCUGGAACAUUUUGGUUGUGGGAGGCCUGCCUCUUGCCUGCCUCCCUGUGUGGACAGGGUGGUGAAUAUUUAUUCACCACCUCCUUGCUUGUCAGUAAAUGGCAGUAAUGUGACUCUUAUCAAUGGGAUUUCCAGUAUCUUCCAAGACCUUGGCAGGUUGAGUGGGGCCUGAGAGCUGCAGGCAGGCAGUUCAAGACCAUCGAGGCAAAGUGGCUAGCCGCAGCCAGGGGGAAGGGAACAGCGCAGAGGCUUUGUUUUGGCAGAGGUGGCUCUGGGCUGCCCAUCUUCUGCUCAUAAAGCAGAGCUGGUAUUUCUGCAGGGGUAAAGCGGGCUCCUUUCUUCUCUCUGAAUCGCAGCCCGGUGGCGCAGGGCUUUAGCUGCCUCAGUGCCCACUGCUGCAUUGCAGGGAAGCCUCAUGCUCGGUCCAGAGGGGCACACAGGCUUUGUUUCCGCCUGGAAGGGAGGGCUCUAGGGAUGGAGAUGGGGAACCACGUGCUUUCCUUCGGACAUUGAGGCUUCUGCCCUCCUGCUGCCGAGAUCCUGUUUGCAGAGAGCAGGGGCUGGGCACUGGAGUGCUAGGGUGGGCUCUCUGCUGGGCUCCCCUUGCCACUCUACUCUUAGGUUUCUGUGGGCUUUCUCCCCUCUGGCCAUCUGCCCAUCUGUGGGCUCUUUCACUACUGGCCUGUGUUGUGGGAUUGCCAUGGCAUUUAGUUCAGAGUUGAGGGGCUUUGGCCUGAAAUAAAAUGCAAGUAUUUAA